UGUUUUCAUUCUCUCUCCGCCCCUAUCAGCCGCUCCAGCCAAGCUGCCGUUCUCCGAGCUGCCAGCAGCUGCGAUGUGCUCGUUCUCGGUGUGGUUUGCGAAAGCCGCCGCGAACGCUUCGUGAAUCGUGACGGCGUGUGUGUUUUUCCGUGUGCUACGACCGAGCAUUUUGGCCAACGGGAAGCGCUAGCUGCACCGGGCGACCAUGGGACGACGACGUGCGCCUGGCCGAACUACGCGCCGCCGCUACGCACUGCAGCGUCGCUUACCUGCGAUCGGAAACGCCGAAAGAACAACCACACCUACGCGCGUGUAGCCGGAGCAGUUCUGGCGUAAGACAGAGGAGUGUUCCGUCAGAAACCCGCAGUCGGCCCUCUGCCGUCUGCAGCCGAGCCGAGCCAUGAGCGUGUACAACGUGCGAUCGUCGCAGACGGUCGCCACCGCCUACUUCAGCCUGGACGCCGCCGCUCGGGCCUGCCUCGAUCCGUUCGUGCCCAUCUUCCUGCGUCACCACGGGCUGACCGCGCUGCAGGCGGGCGUCGUGCUCUCCGUGGCCGCCAUCUUGUCCGGGCUCUUCGUUCCCGCCGCGCUGUGGCUUCCCAGGUGGCGCCGCAACAGCUGGCGCUCCGUACUUCUGGCCAGCAGUGUCGUCUCGAUCGUCUGCUACCUGUCGCUGCUUGCGAUACCGCCGACGACGACGACUUCCGGCGGAAGCGAGUGGGUGUCGCCGUGUCGAGCGUACGAGUCGACGUCGUCUGCGUCGGCGCGCGGCACGCACACGGGCGUCGUCGUUGAUUCGACUGGUGGAUCGAUACCUUCGAUACCGGCGGGAGGGCACGUCAAAGGUGAAGGCGCUCAACACGGCGGCGGCAUUACUCGGGGAGGAGAAGCGAACAAUGGUAGCGGGAGGCCGCUUCCGGCGCCCUCUCCGACCUACGAGCAACUCCCCACGGCCGUGCCUCUAGUUGCCGACCCGGCUUUCCUUCUGUCUUCGCGUGGGGCGACGGCCGCAGUAGGACGAGUGCACUUGCGAGUUCGCAGGGCACCAAAUGUGUCGGAAGAAGAAAGCGACGCGGUCGCAGCUGCAACGACUCGGCGCCCGCCAGGUCCCGCGUCCCCUCCACUCGCGAACAACGGAUCUAAGGACGUGGCACAACCCCUAGACGAAGCUUCCAUACCGAUCAAGGACAAGAAGGGCAUGCCCACAGACCCGGAUUGUCAGGGCGAAGAGACGAGCCCGGACUGCCCUGUGGUUACUCACGUCGCGGAAGGCGACACUGGCGACGGCUCGCGGAUGAGCAGCGCCGACCCGUUCCUGGACGACGCCGCGCUGCUGCUCCUGGCCUCAGCCGUCGUGCUCGGUGGCUCCACGUUCGCGCUGGCCAAGUUUGUCGCGGACGAGUCGUACUUCGCCUUCCUGGACGAGAUCGACGCCACCGAGAAGUCUCGCAGCCACGAGACGUACGCGGCGGUCGUCACCGCCCUCGUGCUGGGCGCCGUCGCCAUCUUGGCCUCCCAGGCGCCCUGCCUGCCGCUGCCCACGUGGGGUUUCCAGGAGGUCUACCUUGCCGCCUUCGGGACGCUCGUGUUCGCCUCGCUCCCGCUGGCCGCCUUCUUUCCCGAGCCGUACCAGCCGCUUCGUCGCCAAGCGACCUCCGGAGCUUGCCGCGGCGUCGGGACAGUUCUCAAGAACCUCGAGGGAGCCCUGGUCGUUGGCGGCCUCUUCUUCCUGGGUGUCCUGACGGGCCUGGAGCAGACCUUCUUUAUGUGGCAUCUGGAGGAGACCGGCAAGAAGGUCGAGCUCGGCGUCGUGCUCAUGGCCAGGGCAGUGUCCAACGUUGCCUCGCUAUUCCUUCUGUGCGCCGGCGGCCUGCCCAGUCGCCUGCUGGCUUGGCUCGCCUUCGGCAUCGUCUGCGUCGCGGCCCGGUGCGCCUGUUACGUGCAGUCCGGCUGGGAGCUGGCGGCCGUGGCUCAGAUCCUGUCCCCACCUUCGACCGUUCUCGUGUGGGUCGCCUGCGAGCGUUGGUCGCGCCGCUCGUCGACGAGGCUGAGCACCGAGCGCGGUCUGCUGGUCGUCAUGCGCUGCUGCCACAACGGUUUGGGGUUCUGCGUCGGCGCCCUGUCCGGAGGCGGCGUCGCCUCCUGGCUGGGCGUCCGCACCGCGCUGGGUGCGGGCGCGGUGGUCGGGGUGCUCGGUGGACUGGCCAUGCUGGCCGCGAGCCGGUUCGUGUCCGCCCGCCCGCCCAGCUACGACCGGCUGCUUUGGGACCCGACGAGCGCCAACUCGGACAGCGAGUCCGAGGAAGAGCCCAAGAUGGCCGGUGAUGCCGGUGUGCCUAUUGCGGUGUCGCCUGUGGCGUCGUGAUCGCCUUCUUUGUCCCCCGGAUUCUGACGGGUCCGCGAACGGGCGUUGACGUUCUUCUCGGGAAAGAAUGUAGCGUGCUGCGGGUACACGCGUUUUUUUCUUUUUUUUCACGAGAUUCAAGCGCUUUGUAGUGAACGUGUGGAAAGACAGGGUUGUCAGUUGCGAAGGUGGAGCGGGAACAUACUAGUCGUCUUAUACUGCAUUGCCGAACACCUCGCAGCUUCGGGGCACCGCUGCAUACAACACGCGGAUAUCCAUUUGUGGCCGUGUCCGCAGACGUUUCAAAGUAAUGACGCCAUCAAGUUUCUCACACAUGUGGAUAUCGUUCUCUGGCUGUGUCUGCAGAUGUGUCAAAUAAAUCGCGCCAUCAAAAUUUAGCCGUACAAUAAUGACUACGUUGGCACAUGUGGCAUAUAGUGAUAUACAUAUCACGUUGCCGGAACCAUAGCCAUCUGACUCGGAAAAGUCUGAUCGUGGAGCUAAUUGUGGUGAAGGGUUCUUUGCUGUUUAAUAACUGUGGAGAGAAACGGAAAUGUCUGUUCAUUUGUGAAUGCGUUGGCAUGAGCCCACGUCACACAUUCAGUUUUGCCCGAGCACCAUUCGUCUGAUAUGUUUCUCUUAUUUUACGCUUUGUUCUUUCUGCUUUCUAAAACACCUACGCAUUUUGAAAGUUCAUACUCAUCUCACGUACACGCUUGUAACAUGUGUCGUCAUGUCCAUUGUUGGUUUCAUGUGUGAAUUAGUACUUGUUUCCGGCGUUGGAUAUAGCCGAAGCUUGCCCAACAUUCGACCGCGGAAACUGCGGAAACUUGCAACUCAUUCUUAGAGGACCUCACCUACUUCUUCCUAAUUUAUAGACGUGAUGGCACCAACAGGUUUCUUUAGCAUAGUCCGUAGUCUGAGAGUGUAAUGAUAUACGGAGCCCGCCUUAGCGCUCGUACAGGGAAGCCCCCUUCUGCAAACGCUUUCCCGUCAUGUGAAGUAUGCGCUGUUGAACUUGUCUAGUCCAGUCCACUAGUUGAGCCAAAGAACACAUACCAAUGCCGACGUGUACUGUAUCUACAGCAAUGCUGCACUUAGAUUACGCCAUCUGAAGGCCGCAUUUACAACACCGAAGUGAGAGACUGAUGCAUAAUUUCCUGGAACAAACCGGUGCGUUGGACAUCUGCGCCACCUCGCAUGCGUAGUGUCAUCCCGCGUGCAUAGCGCCAUCUGCCGUGCGGGCUGUCUUGAGCGCGCAUGUGGUAGAGUAACCUUGUGAUCGCACUGGAUGAUGAGGGAAGCGAGAACGAAUUCCUAAAGAACUCCGUUAGGAGAAAAUACCAAGUGCCUUUCCAGAGACUGCUCUUACGCCCACCUUGCGCACGAGUAAACAGCGCCACAAGUAUUUCUCCUUCUA